UUCAGAGCUCGAAGGCAAACUGGCAGCCACUGUGCUGACACAUUUAGCUCCGCAGCCAUUAUCUAUCUUCUAAUAUCGCCGCCGCAACUUGGCCUUAGAUAAAGAGGCACGCACAAUCGGGGCACAGAGAGAUUAAAUCGCUAGGCGUUCGGAGGCACUCGCAUUCAACUCUCCUAUUUUGCUCUCUUCGUUACAAUUCUCUCAGCAUGGAAUCGGAAAAACUGUGGGGAGGCCGAUUCACCGGAGACACAAGCGAGGUGAUGGCGAAAUUCAACAACUCGAUUGAAUUUGAUCAAAGGCUGUGGAAAGAAGACAUCGAGGGCAGCAAAGCGUACGCGAAGGCUCUACACGGCGCUGGAAUCAUUUCGAAGGAAGAAGAGACGACGAUUCUCAAGGGGCUCGAAGUGGUUGGAAGCCAGUGGGCAUCGGGAACAUUGGUCAUCACGCCCCAAGACGAAGAUGUCCACUCCGCCAACGAACGUUGUCUAAAGGCAAUCAUAGGCUCGGAGAUCGGCGGAAAAUUGCACACUGGCCGCAGUCGGAACGACCAGGUUGCAACGGACAUGAGGCUGUGGUUGAGGAAAUCCAUCGUUGAAAUCACCUCUCUGAUCAAACGUUUCAUCGCUGCAUCCUGCGCGAGAGCCGAGAAAGAGAUCCAUGUACUGAUGCCUGGCUACACCCACAUGCAGAGAGCUCAACCAAUCAGGUUUUCGCACUGGGUAUUGAGCCAUGCUUGGUUUUUGAAGCAGGAUGUCGAAAGACUCGAAGAUCUUUCCAGAAGGGUCAACGUCUGUCCGCUUGGCAGCGGUGCCAUUGCUGGAAAUCCCUUUCCUGUUAACCGUGAAAAAAUUGCGGCAGAUCUGAUGUUUGAAGCCGUCACACAGAACAGCAUGACGGGAGUCAGCGAUCGGGAUUUUGUUGCGGAAUUCCUUUUUGUAUGUUCCCUGACGGCUGUACACCUGAGUAAAUGGGCUGAGGACUUGAUAAUUUACAGUUCGACUGAAUUUGGAUAUGUGACCAUCGACGACGCUUUCAGCACUGGAAGUAGCCUCAUGCCACAGAAGAAAAAUCCAGAUGGAUUAGAGUUGAUCCGAGGGAAAACUGGAAGGAUAUCUGGCCACCUGGUCGGAUUUCUCAUGGUUCUCAAAGGCCUGCCGAGUACAUACAACAAAGAUUUCCAGGAAGACAAGGAAGCCAUUUUUGAUGCUCACGACACCUUGACUGCGCUGCUCAAAAUUGCUACAGGCAAUUUGGAAACCCUCGAGGUGCACGAGUCUGCCUGCGUGUCAGGACUGAGUCCAGAAAUGCUGGCGACUGACGUGGCUUACUAUCUCGUCCGAAAAGGGAUGCCAUUCAGGGAUGCCCACUGUGCUGCCGGUAAACUGGUAGCCCUUGCAGAACGAAAUAAUGUACCCAUGCAUCAAGUUUCGAUCCAGGAGGCCAAGAGCAUAACAAAUAUUUUCGACGAGGACUUGGCAGAUGUUUGGAACUACGAGCACGCCGUCGAGCAGUACUCCGCAACAGGUGGCACGAGCAAGAAGACCGUUGAAGCACAGAUCCAAGCGCUGCGCAAGUGGCUUUCAUCGUGAACUCAAUCACCUCGUGCUGUUCUGCGAAAGCAGAGCAGUGUACACAGUUUCAUUCCUUACGAGGCUAAUUAAAAACGCGAAAUAAAAAAAAAAAAAAAAUAUAUAUAUAUAUAU